CUCUUAGACUUUCACAAAACAUGUUACAUCUGAAUGAUCUCAUGUGUCGCUGGCAUGUUUCACAAACGUGAGACGUGAAAUAUUUGUUAAAUUAGGUAUGUCGCGUCAGGAGGAGCCAAAAUCUUUCUCUGCAACGAAUGUCAUUGACUUAAACGUCGGUGGACAGCUCUACACAACAACGCUGGGUACCUUAACAAAAGAUCCAUUUAGCGUACUUUCCAAUCUGUUUGACGGAGUGUCUCAGCCAACUCCGAAGGAUUCUCGUGGACGAUACUUCAUCGACCGAGAUGGCUUGUUGUUUCGUUAUGUCCUAGACUUCUUACGAAAUUUAAAUCUUACGUUGCCAGAUGACUUUAAUGAGCUAGACCGCCUUUUGGCGGAGGCAAAGUUUUUUAACCUCAGCGGUAUGCAGGAAGCGAUCGCAGACGUUAUCAAGGCUCGUACUUCGUCUCGUACGAGCAUCGUGAAAACGAAGAAAAAGACAAGUGGCUAUUUGUCCGUUUGUGUUCGUGGAACAUACGCGUUUGGUCGUGAUGGUGUUGCAGAUGUGAAAUUUCGCAAACUACAACGGAUCCUGGUGUGCGGAAAUGUUGCACUUGCUCGCGAGGUGUUUGGUGAUUCUCUCAACGAAACGAGAGAUCCGGCAAGGGAAGACAUAAGAUACACAAAUCGCUUCUUCCUCAAGUACAAUCAUCUUGAAAAAGCGUUCGAUCAGCUUGCCGAAAAGGGGUUUCACAUGAUUUCAGGUUGCGCAGGAGGUGCGGGUUACGACACUGAAAGCGAAGAAACCAAAUGGAAUCAUUUCAACGAUUAUGUUUUUCAUCGGCAUUGACCGAACGGAUUUUUUAAAAUUUAAUGUAUGUAUAUAUAAAUAUAUGUAUACAUACAUAAAAUUGUUGAACAUGCAAUAUAUAUGGCUCUUCUUAUGCUCGCUGACAGCAGGUGUUUAUCAAUGCGAAAUAAACAUGCAUGACAUUAAUGUUACUGUUGAUAAAAGAAAUCUUUCUCCGAAAUGGAGUUCAUAAUAAUUCUUAAUUAUAAUUGCUGUACAUUUACAGUCAAAAUAGAGUUUAUUUUUUCAACAAUGACAUAAGAAGACAAUGAUGCAAUAUUGCUUAAAGCAUUUCAAGUGUCUUUUCCUGCAAUAUGAAUUCGACACUUCAAUAAAUUUUUUCAUUGCCUUGUCUUUGCUGAA